AUGUGGAUUCCUGCGUACGUGAAGGAUGUUUUUUGGGCCGGAAUGCAGACUACACAACGAGUUGAAAGCAUCAACAAUUUUUUUGUUGGCUAUCUAAAUAAACACACAAGGCUGUCCGAGUUUGCUCCCUGUUAUUGUAAGGCAAUGGAAAGCCGGGCUAAUGAUGAAAGGGAGGCUGAUGCAAAUGCAUUCCAGUAUGUAAGGCCGUUAGCCACAAAAUUCUCUAUCGAGAGGAAAUUCCAAAAACUGUAUACGGAUGCCAAGUUCUUGAAAGUACAAAAUCAGUGUACUAGGCUUAGGUAUCUAACUUGUGAAUCUAGGAAGAUAUUGUUUGAAAGUGAAGUGGAGUAUGUCUUUAUGGACCAUGUAUGGAUAUAUUCCAAGUUUUUGAAGAGGGAAAUUCCCCUUAAGGAGAAGUCUAAGCAAUAUGUUGUUGUGCACAUAAUAAAGGUGUUGGACGUGAAUGAUGUGACGGAGGUGCCCUUUAUGUAUAUUUUAGAUAGGUGGAGAAAAGACAUUAAGAGGAAUCACACCCUUGUGAAAGUGGCAUAUCAUGAUCCCUCAAAAACAGAAGACGUGAUAAGGUAUGAUAAAAUGAUGGUUGGCCUUGAACCAAUGGUUAUGCGUGCUUCUGCCUCGGAUCAAGCUGUAGAGAUACUUAUGGAUAUGAUUUAG